CCAAGCUUAAGACUGUACUUUCUCUCUCUCCUCUCUCUCCUCUCUCUCACCUCUGACUCUAGAGAGAGAAAGUGGUGGGAGCUUCCACAGCUCCACUAACAGGUAUAUAUUUUUGGUUCCCAAUGCCCAAAGCAUUUCAGAUUUCACUUGCAAUCUUUUGCCGCCCUCCGCCAUUAAACUCCUCUCCAACUUCCUGUGCAACUCUCACCUGCCCCCCUUUCUCUCCUCACUCUCUCUCUGUCUCUGUCUCUCUCUACUCCAUUAAACCCGAAACUCAAAACCCACCAACCAAAAUUCACAAAAACCAUGUUUGAUUGUGAAAGCUCCAAACUUUCCAAUCCACUCCAUGUACUCAUCCACCAUAUCCAAGAGUUAAAGAGACAGAUUCUCUCUCUUCUUCUCUGCCUCCCCACUUCCCUUCUCGCUCUCCUCCUCCUCCUCCUCUUAGCCUACAAUGGCUUCUACACCUUCUGCUUCCACCUCCCUUUCCUCCCCGAUUCCCCGCCGGAGCGCGCCAUUUUCCCUCCUGAAAAACUCGCCGGAGACCCCGUUCCCAAAUGGGUUCCUCCCCAUUUUUCGUCUUCUUCUUCUUCCACCUCAAGCUCAAAGCUUUCUUCUUCUUCGCCUGUAAUGUACGUUGUGAAAGAAGAAAACGCGCCAAUGUUCUUGAACCCCCACUUAUCUGCUCUGCAAAACCAGAGGAAUCCGACGGUACCCAUGUCGACGUUCUCGACACACAGGCGGCGGCGUCUGAGAAAGCAUAAGCGGAAGCUCAAAUCCGUUCCUUCCGAGCCAAAACCCCCUCUGUUUUCGACACGAAUUCGAUCAUUCUUCGCCGGAAACUCCACCUCUCCCUGUAAUGUCAGAGUCUUUAUGACUUGGAUUUCCUCCAAGUCCUUCGGAAGCAGGGAAUUGCUUUCCGUGGAGAGCUUGUUCAAGUCCCAUCCGAAUGCCUGCCUGGCCAUCGUGUCGAAAUCAUUGGAUUCCGACAAGGGAAUCCGAAUGCUGAGGCCAUUACAAGAUUUGGGUUUUAGAGCAAUUGCAAUCUCUCCCGAUUUCGAGUACUUGUUCAAGGACACACCUGCAGAAUCUUGGUAUUUCGAGCUCCGGAAAGGGAAUGUGAAUCCGGGUGGAGUUCCUCUAGGCCAGAAUCUAUCCAAUCUCCUCAGGCUUGCAUUGCUGUACAAGUUUGGUGGGAUUUACUUAGACACGGAUUUCGUAGUUUUAAAGAGCUUGUCGAAGCUCAGGAACGUGAUUGGAGCUCAGACAAUCGAUCCCCGGACGAAGAAAUGGAGUAGACUAAACAACGCAGUGUUGGUUUUCGACAAGAACCACACAUUGCUCUUCAAGUUCAUCCAAGAAUUCGCCCUCACAUUCGAUGGCAACAAGUGGGGACACAACGGCCCUUACUUGGUCUCGAGGGUGGUCUCAAGAGUGAUCGGAAAUCAGCAAAACCCGGGUUCUAAUUUCACAGUCUUGACGCCCUCGGCGUUCUAUCCAGUGAACUGGAGUCGAAUUCGGAGCCUUUUUCGAGCUCCAACAGACGAGGUUCACUCGAAGUGGCGGCUGGAGAAGUUGAGGAAUUUGUGUACUCAGAGCUUUGGAGUUCAUUUGUGGAACAGCCAGAGCCGGCGGCUGAAGGUUGAGAAGGGCAGCAUUAUGGAUCAUAUAAUGUCGAAUUUUCGGUGUUUUUGAACUCUUCAGCAUCAAGCUUUGUCAGUGUAGUAUAAGGUUGAUAAUUUGUUCAUUGUCACACUUGUACGUAGAAUAUGUUUCAAAUUUACCAUCUCAGUUCAUUCGGAUUUCGAGUGAUGACAGAAGGAAUAAGAGAAAUAUUUAUCAUUGGUUAUGAUCGAAAGACUUAUCCUAUAUCUCUGUGCAGUUA